AUGUCAAUUGUCAAUCCCGGACCGAAAUAUCCACCCACAAGAGGAGAGGUUUGGCCGAAACCACAAAAUGAAACCAUCCUUAAAACGUACUACACCUUCAAUCCAUCAAACUUUAAAGUCAAAAUAACCCGGGAAAACUGCCCUCUUCUAACGUCAGCAGUAGAAAGGUAUUCGUACAUCGUGAAAUCGAGGAUCAGUGGGCGCUUAAGUGAGCGAAAGAUAGUCCCGGGUUCGAAACGAAGGCGGCAAAGUGAUGGGAUGCAAGAACUGCAUCAGGGCGCUUUAAGGGAACUAGAAAUACAGCUGACCGCGCCAUGUGAAGACUAUCCGUAUUUGGGAAUGGACGAAAGUUACUGGCUCGCUGUUGGCGCCACGUCCCAACUGAGCAGCGCCUCGGUUUGGGGCGUCAUGCGUGGCCUGGAGACCUUCGCACAGAAGUUCUACCUCACAGACGACAUGAACGAGAUCAGGAUAAACUCUUCGCAAGUGCACGAUUUCCCGCGCUACGAACAUAGGGGACUGCUCCUCGACACCUCGCGCCAUUACAUUUCCCUAGCGAACAUCCUAAAAACACUGGACGCCAUGUCCAUGAACAAGAUGAACGUAUUCCAUUGGCAUAUCGUGGAUGAUCAGAGUUUCCCCUAUCAGAGUGAGAAAUUCCCCGAGUUAAGUUUGCACGGCGCUUAUCAUUCCUCCAUGGUGUACACUAAAGAAGAUAUCACGAGGGUCAUCGAGUACGCACGCGUGCGGGGCAUCAGGGUAAUGCCAGAAUUUGACGUGCCAGGACACACCCGCUCAUGGGGUAACGCGUACCCCAACAUCCUCACGGAGUGCUACAGGUCUGGUGAGGUGGUCGGCUUGGGGCCCAUGAAUCCCAUAAGGAACGUUACGUACAAGCUGAUCAGAGAGCUGUUCCAGGAGGUGCAGGCUUGGUUUCCUGACAAAUACUUGCACAUUGGCGGGGACGAAGUGGAAAUGGAUUGUUGGCGUUCUAACCCCGAGAUCCGCGAGUACAUGAGGAACAACAAUCUGACCGUCAGCGAUUUGCACGCAAUGUUCAUGCGAAACACCAUACCACUGCUCGCGAACGAAACGAAGGUCGUUGUGUGGCAAGAGGUGUUCGAUGAAGGUGUUCCUCUGGCUAAUGACACUCUAGUGCAAGUUUGGAAAUAUCUUUGGAUCGAUGAGAUGGUUAAGGUGCUGGAGGCGGGCCACCGGGUGCUGUUCUCGUCGGCGUGGUACCUGGACCACCUGGGCGGCGAGUGGGCCGAGCUGUACGCGGCCGACCCGCGCCAGAUGGUGCGCGACGCCACUGGCAGCGACGCGCUGCUCGCUCACAUCGUGGGCGGCGAGGCGUGCAUGUGGGCCGAGAUGGUGGACGACAGGAACGUCAUCUCCAGGGUGUGGCCGCGCGCCAGCGCCGUGGCGGAGCGCCUGUGGAGCGCGGAGCAGAGCGGCGCCGGGGGCUGGUUCGUGCGGACGCCGCCGCCCGCGCACGCGUACCGCCGCCUCGAGGAGCACGUGUGCCGCAUGAACCGGCGCGGGGUUGCCGCGCAACCCGCCAGCGGGCCCGGCUUCUGCCUGCCC